AAUAGCGUAUACGGUCAGCGUAUUGUUACGGUAGUCGUUAACGGCAACUUUUUGCGGCCAUUGUUUACGAUGACUGUAAUACAUCGUAAAGCAUCGUUCACGAUUGCCGUAAAUGGCUAACACGAACAGUCGCCGUUAUCCGCCGUAUAUGGUUGGUGCACGGCCGUAUAUGACCGAGGGAGAUUGACCUGGGAACGAGUCAUUCUGUUGAGAAACUCGAAUUUACAGUUUUAUUCAAAGCAUAAAAAUUCACUGUUCAAGUUGAUCUUUCCUUUUCAAAAGGUUUAUAUACCUGAUGAUCCUCCUGAUGGAAAAAGUGAUUUUCUUGAUUAUAAAUUUCAAGACAGAAGAAUAUCUCUAGAUUUUACCCGACAAUAUGAUGUUCGUCAUCUCGAUCUUCAAUUUCAGUGUUGGAAGUUGCAAUCAUUAGUUAAAAUCUUAUCUGCUAUGCCUUUGUUAAUUACAUUAAAAGUUAAAGGUCAUUCUUGUUGUAAUGAAAUAUAUGGUUGGUUAUGUAUCGACGUUUGGGAUGAAAUGUUACAAAAUUUAAAGGCAUUACAGCGGGUCGAUAUUGAUAUCUGUCUUGCUAUACCUUUUCAUUUAAGACAGAAGACUGCCGCAAGAUUCAACGAACUUUCAGCGCAAAAAAUUCAAACAUGCAAACGAAUAAGCCUGAUAGCCGGACCAAGAACGAGAAAUUCAGGUCUGGGAUGUGUCCAGAUUAGUGCUUCACUUAGUAUGGACUAA